AGGGGUGUUUAUGCUAACCUCAAAAUAUAAAGGUGCCAAAGUGGCAAAGUGCCAAUAAAUCUACUACCAGUUGCAGAUUUGAAAUCUAAACCCCUCUUCUUUCUCAUGGGUUGCAAUCCGCCAUGUUAGUAAAACAAACUUGCAUCCUUUUUCACAAAUUGAUUGCUUAUAAUUCAGUCAAAUUUAGUCAAUCAACUUCAUAUUCGUCAAUUUCCAUAAACCCUAAUGACAAAGCAAUCAAACCCAUCAUCCAUUUGAACUCCCAGAUCAGCAAACAUGGUCGAACUGGUAACAUUAAGGAUGCAGAGACCAUAUUUAAUCGCAUGCCCAUCAAGAAUGUCGUAUCUUGGACCGCUAUGCUCACUGCAUAUGCAGAAAAUGGCCAGAUUAAUAAUGCCCGUAAACUGUUCGAUGAAAUGCCUGAACGAAAUGUUGCGUCUUGGAAUGCGAUGAUUACUGGUUAUAUGCGUAGCAAGAAUGGAGUUGAGAAGGCGUGUGAAUUGUUUUCGAUGUCACCUGAGAAAAACGCGGUUUCUUAUGCUUCAAUGAUCACAGGUUAUGUUCGUGCAGGCAGGCUAGAUGAUGCACAUAAGUUGUUCUGUAGUAUGCCGGUGAAGUGGCGGGAUCCGUUCUGUUCGAAUGCUUUGAUGAAUGGGUAUUUGAAAAGGGGUAAACUUGAAGAAGCUGUUCAGAUUUACGAGGGAAUGGUGGAGAAGAAUGUCGUUUCUUGGAGCUGCAUGGUUGACGGGUACUGCAAAUUAGGCGAAACUAGGAAAGCAAGAGAGCUGUUUGAUACGAUUCCAGAAAGAAAUGUAGUUACUUGGACUGCGAUGAUCGAUGGUUAUAUAAAAACCGCGUGUUUUGAAGAGGGGUUUGCGUUAUUUCUCCAAAUGAGACGUGAAACUGAAGUAAAACUUGUUUCGAACACAUUGACUGUAGUGUUUGAAGGCUGUGGAAGACUUGAUAGGUAUAGAGAAGCGCUUCAAAUUCAUGCUUUGGUGAUGCGUAUGGGAUUUGAGCUCGAUACUUUCUUAGGGAAUUCCGUGAUUACCAUGUACUGCAGGUUGCGUGAUUUGGAUUCCGCUAUUAGGUUGUUUAAUAUAAUGGAGGUUAAAGAUACUGUUUCGUGGAACGCUUUAAUUGGUGGUUACGUUCAAGCGGAAAACAUUGACGAGGCAUAUAAACAUUUCAAUGCAAUGCCGCAUAAGGAUGUAUAUUCAUGGACAACGAUGAUUACUGGAUUCAGUAACAAAGGACUUACUGAAAAAUCAGUGGAGUUGUUCGACAUUAUGCCGUAUAAAGAUGAUAUUACGUGGACCGCUCUUAUAUCAGGGUUUGCAAGUAACGGGGAAUACGAAGAUUCAAUCCAUCGGUUCAUUCAGAUGCUUCAGACAGCUGUCAAACCUAAUGCACUUACUUUCAGCAGUGUUCUCAGUUCUUCAGCUUCGUUAGCAGCGUUAAACCAAGGCCUGCAAAUUCAUACUCAUGUAGUUAAAACGGGAAUGGAAUUCGAUUUGUCAGUUCAAAAUUCGUUAGUUUCGUUUUACGCGAAGUGUGGAUGCGUCGAUGAUGCCUACACGGUAUUUAAUUCGCUUGAUAUUCCCAAUGCUGUUUCAUACAACUCCAUGAUUAACGGGUUUGCUCAAAACGGGUACGGGAAAGAAGCACUGGAUUUAUUUAAAAAAAUGGAAGAUAGCGACGUAGAGCCGAACGACAUAACCUUUCUGGGUGUUCUUUCCGCGUGUACACAUGUCGGGCUGGUGGCAGAAGGACGAAAGUACUUUAAAUCAAUGAGAUCGUUAUACAAAAUCGAACCAAGCCUUGACCACUAUGCAUGCAUGGUUGACCUUUUAGGUCGAGCUGGUUUGUUAGACGAAGCGUAUGAUUUUAUAAAUUCAAUGCCAUUUGAGCCUCAUUCUGGGGUUUGGGGUGCGCUUCUUGGUGCGAGCAGGACCUAUUUUCGUUUGGAUCUUGCAGAAAUUGCAGCUCAGCGUAUAUAUGAACUGGAGCCUGAUAAUGCUACACCUUAUGUGGUAUUAUCGGAUAUAUACAUGGUUUGUAGGAGAAAAGAAAAUGAGGAAUUAGUGAGAACAAUGAAAAGAUCAAGAGGUUUGAAAAAGAGUCCUGGUUGUAGUUGGAUCAUGGUACAAGAUGAUGUUAACUUGUUUUUGUCGGGUGAUCGUUCGCAUAGAAACUUUGAAGAGAUUAAGAGCACACUUUGGUUACUUGUGGAUGAAAUGUAGAACUGUAUUCAGCAUUCCUUUCUAAUUGUUUAUAACUUAAAUUCAAUCCAAUUAGAAAUCACAAAUCAGGCUGCUUCAUCUUUAACAAAGUCAAAUUCGUAGAAUAAAAUAGUUGUAAAAGAAACUGAUCAAAACUAAAAUGGCAUUUCUUCUAUAGCUGUAUAGCAUAAUGUCACAAACUAGUCUUGCAUUUGUGUUCUUAAUCCACAAGGACUGCCAAUUUCAUCUCGCAUUGGCAUGAUCAGUGAGGUGUCAAGAAGUGUUAGCGCUUUUCAACAUAUAUCGAAAUCUAAUGAAGUAAA